ACCCAGAAAUCGGCGCAGAAUGCAUUGACAUCUCUCAGUUUUUCCACCCAGCUCUCCUUACAAUGGAACGCUCUUUGCAGGGUUUCUCUUUAAAUGUAUCCAAACUGUUCUACAACUCCAGCAAUGCCACUGGGAAUUACACCAGCGACCAACUGACCGAACUCAGCCUCUUUGAAAUUCUGGGUCCAAAACGGUCUCCCUUUUUUUUCCCGGUGACCAGCAUUUACCUUCUCAUCUUUCUCACUGGUUUGUCCGGAAAUCUGCUCACGUGUGCGGUGAUAGCGAAGCACAAGAAGAUGCGUAACCCCACCAACUUUUACCUCGUGAGCCUGGCUGCGUCGGACCUCCUCGUGCUUUUGUUUGGGAUGCCGUUGGAGAUUUAUGACCUGUGGCAAAACUACCCGUUCCCCUUUGGCGAGGGCGGCUGCUACUUCAAGACCUUCCUCUUUGAGACUGUGUGUUUUGCCUCCAUCCUCAAUGUCACAGCUCUCAGCGUGGAGAGGUACAUAGCUGUGGUGCAUCCGCUCAAAACGCGAUACCUGUCGACCAACCAGCACGCCAAACGGGUCAUCACCAUCGUGUGGGCGGUGUCGAUGACCUGCGCCAUCCCCAACACCUUGCUGCACGGCAUCUUCUACCUGCCAGAGAGAAUGGAGGAGUCGGCCAUAUGCACCGUGCUUAAGCCCCUGUGGAUAUACAACAUGGUCAUGCAGAUCACAACGGUGUGCUUCUAUUUUGUGCCCAUGAUGGUGAUCAGCAUGCUGUACCUGGUGAUGGGCCUUCACUUGGGCAGAGAAAGGCAGCAGUCCAGUGGGAGCCUGGGAAAGAACAGCUGCAGCAACACUCGAAGAAAGAUUAGGGUGGAGAACGGGCGCAGGAGACAAGUCAUCAAGAUGCUCUCGAUCGUGGUGGCAGUGUUUGGAGUCUGCUGGGCGCCCUUCCACAUCGAGCGACUCCUGUGGAGUUCUAUCAGCCAGUGGACCGACUUGAUGCACAACAUUUAUCAGUAUGUCCACAUCCUGUCAGGCGUCUUCUUCUACCUCAGCUCUGCAGUCAACCCUAUCAUCUACAGCCUGCUUUCCACUCGAUUCAGGGAGUGUUUCCGGGAGCUCGUGUGCUCCCACGUUGAAGACAACAGCUCUGUCAAAGACUCCCCGCCUUUCCCUAAGAUUUUACUGGAACCCUCUAUCUCGAGUUCCAGAGCUCAGGCCGAGGGUAAAGAUUCCAGUUCUUUCAUACCGUUGCUGUCUCCUAAAUUGACACUGAGUAUGGACACGGCAGCGCUCACGUGUGCCUGCGAGACGACCUGCCAGACCUCUGUGUUCUGA